UCUGGAGUUGUUAUUCGGGAGCGGCCUAUGAGACACGUCUCAUUUGUAGUUUAAAAGCAGGAAGAGUGAGCGUCACGAGAGCGUCUGGGUUUUUGAUGCCGUGUUCAAGCGAGCGGUAGGAAGAAGGCAGUAAUGGCAGACAUACGGAAGAAACUAGUCGUGGUGGGGGACGGCGCGUGUGGGAAAACAUGUCUAUUGAUCGUAUUCAGCAAAGACGAGUUCCCCGAUGUGUAUGUCCCGACUGUUUUUGAGACGUAUGUGGCGGACAUAGAGGUGGACAACAAGCAAGUACAGCUAGCUUUGUGGGACACCGCUGGGCAGGAGGACUACGACCGGCUGCGGCCCCUCUCCUACCCGGACACGGAUGUCAUUCUGAUGUGCUUCUCCGUGGACAGCCCGGACUCGUUGGAAAACAUCCCCGAAAAGUGGGUGCCCGAAAUCAAACAUUUUUGUCCCAAUGUGCCCAUUAUAUUGGUGGCAAACAAGAAAGAUCUCCGCAACGACGAGAACGUGAAGAACGAGCUGUCCCGGUUGAAGCUGGAGCUGGUGAAAGCAGAGGACGGGCGGGCCAUGGCCAUGCGCAUUGGCGCAUAUGACUAUUUGGAGUGCGCUGCUAAAACCAAGGAAGGGAUCUGGGAGGUCUUCGAAACGGCAACACGCGCAUCUUUACAAAAAAAGAAAAUGCCAUCGAAAAGUUGUCUCAAAUGCUGUGUUUUGAUGUGAAUCGACGCUGUCUAGAGAACCGGGACGCGCAAACGAGGCGCUUCCACCGCCGGGAUCUGUGUCUGAACAUGUAUGGGCCCUGGCCAUGGUUUGGUUACUCCCUUGUAAUCGGACGACCUUGGUUGAGCCAAAAGGAAAGACUGCAAACGAGUGGUUUUGAACACGCACGAUGACCAUCUGAAAUCUGUGUGUGAGUGAGAAAUUAACUGGUUAAAGCAUGUUCUUUACGGGUCACAUGAUCCCAGUAUGACAGGUGGAGGGGUAAAAAGGACACGCUUCAUGUCAGCGGAGGCCUUAGUUACCCCUGUCUCAUGUGAACAUGUCCCUUCAGGCCUGGUUUUGAGCCUGGUUUUAAAUUGCUAACUUUUUGUGUUUCAUGUGUUUGCAUAGGCCACUGCCUGACUGCCAAGGCUACAGCUUACUUUUUAAUAAGCAAAUAUUGCACUCGUUUAUGUCCACUUUGUAUUGUAAAAAUAUAGUUUGUGAAAAUGCACAGCGGAAUUACUGUUUGACACGACAGCAAUUUACAUAAUUUUUGUUUCAAACUUUCUAACUCUUAGUUAAACUGUUUUAUCCAGGAAUGAAGACGUAACUUCAGUUUACAGUGAAAGAAAUCAGGUGCUGGUACCAAAAAAAAUCCCCAAAGUAUGUCUUUGACUCUACAGUAUUACAUGUCUAUAGGCUGAUGUUUGUGUGUGUGUGUAUGUGUAUAUAUAUAUAUAUACACACACACACAUGUGUGUGUAUAUAAAUACAUGUUCAUAAAUGUAUAUUUAUAUGUGUGUAUAAAUAUAUAUUUAUGUGUGUAUAUAGCAUAAAAGGACAAAUAAUAUUGUAGGUCUGAGAGACAUUAGACAGUAUAUUUUAGCACGUUUUUAUGUAGAUGAUUUGUUAGUUAAAAGUACAAUUACUUGAAAUCUUUUUAAAAGUUUGCUAAACAUGCUUCUACCCCAAAUGGUAUGCUUUGAUUGGGGCUACAAUGACUCAAUUUGGGAGGAUAUUUUGUAAAAUAUGUUUUUGAAAAUAGAUUACUAAGCAAUGACAGUCACGCGAAUGCAUUGUGGCCUGUAAAUUGUCCCAUGAACAAAGGAGGAGGAUGUUGAGUCAUUACAGCUUACCAUUUGAAGCACAUACUCACCAUGUUUCUUAACUUUCAAAUCUAUCUGUCUCAAAGACGGGCAGGUACUGUGGUGAUAUCCAAGAGAAGUUUGAGUAAGUGAGUGUUUUGCUGAGUGAAAUGCUUUUUCUUCGUGUCAUAAAAAGAGGGCCGUGUCAGAGCUCUGAGCCGGUAGCACAUUCAAAUGGGAUUAUGGGAAAGUUUGGCUAUUUACAUUGUUCCUGUUAUGUUAUUAAAACCACAGUUGUAUAGUUAUUACACAAACAUAAACAAAAGGGUGUGUCUUCCACUAAAACACUAGAUACAAAAUAAAUGUAAAUUAUAAUUUUAUGUUCUGAAAAAUAUGAAAGGUUUGUUUAUAGCUGAACGAAUUAUGAUUGAGAAAUAUACACACUUUCCACCUUCAUGGGUUCCAUUAUGAUGAUGAUAUUGUUGGAGCUAUGAAGUCAGCAACAGAAAUCAACGUAUUUUAGCUUAUUUUCUUUUUUGUGUAAUGAGCUCAUGUUCGACCUGUGUUCACAAGCAGUGUUGUGUUGCUGUCGUCUUUUACACAAUGGUGGGAGUGCUUGUUCAAAUCCCAGCUAUGGACAUCAGUUUCCGUGUGUGACCUGGAAAUCCAGGGUAGAAACACAGGUGGAUUACUAUGCCAGUUAAUCUUACAUUUCUAUUUAUGUCAUUUGUAUGUGGUUCAUUGAAUAACCAUACACUAAAUCCGAGUUUAAUAAGAGUUAUCUUUUAUAAAUCCAACUGGUUACAAUGGUGUAAAAGUCACAUUCUUCCCUGCCUUCUGUUGCUGGGUUUUUUGCUGAUUUACAGGAUAGGAAUGCAUUGUGCUAGACUGGUUAAUUUUCCCACACUGGCCCCCCUCAUGUGCCUCUGACUUAAGUUGUUAUUCCCGUAUCAAACCGAGCGUCUUUUUCUUUAUUAUACUUUGAAGAAUACAACUAUGAAACCAUGGAGAAGGAAAAUUAUGAAAUGAUUUUUUUGAGGAAAAACUAUACAGAAUGUAAGAAAACUAAUGGUACUGUUUUGGCAAAGUCAAUAGUCAAUAAAAAAUAAUCAUUGUGUGUCAACACCACUACUUA